GCGCUGUCAGCUGCCGUCGUCAUCGGUGACAACUUGUCAACAAACACGGCGACGGUCCCCGUCGGGCCUAAUCUCGGGCGCGAUGUCGAGUGCCGGGGACAAGAUCCGAGAGGCGUGCCGCAUCCUGUCGCGAGAGGCAAGAGAAUUGUACUUGCAGAGCGAAGUUGCGGAAAUAGAUUGCUCAAUUACGCCACUCGCCUUCUACCGAGAGUACGUUUCGAAGAACGUACCGUUAGUUAUAAGAGGUGGGGUAAAACAUUGGCCCGCUGUGAACAAAUGGUCUGUAUCAUAUUUUCGCCAAGUGCUCGGCGACGAAAAGGUUUCAGUCGCUGUAACACCGAACGGCUAUGCUGAUGCGAUAGUUGAGCAGGAUGAUGGUAAAGAGUUCUUCGUGAUGCCCGAGGAACGUCUGCUCGCGAUGUCAGAGUUUCUCGACAGACUGGAGAACACGAGGGAGGACAGUGUGUUUUACAUACAGCAACAAAACUCGAAUUUCAUAUGCAACUUUCGCAAGCUGUGGCCAGACGCAGCAACCGAGAUCUCGUGGGCCAGCAAAGCAUUUGGAAAGCAGCCUGACGCCGUGAACUUUUGGAUGGGAGACGCGAGAGCCGUGACUUCCAUGCACAAAGAUCCUUAUGAAAAUAUAUAUUGCGUCGUAUCCGGCGAAAAGAACUUUAUCCUACAUCCUCCCACGGAUCUGCCAUGGAUUCCAUAUCGAAAUUAUCCGUCUGCCGUUUACAAGGAGCGCGAGCCUGGGAAAUGGAUCGUCGACUCGAUAGGUAACGAAACGGCCGACUCGGAGAAAAUCACGUCGACGCCGUGGAUAUGUGUGGAUCCCUUGAAUCCAAACUACGAAAAGUCUCCAGAGUAUCGUAAUACACAUAGGUUGAAAGUCACACUUGGAGCUGGAGAUGUGUUGUACCUGCCAUCCCUAUGGUUCCAUUAUGUGAGACAGUCUCACGCUUGCAUAGCCAUCAAUUAUUGGUACGAUAUGGAAUUCGAUAUCAAGUACGCCUACUUCAAAGCACUAGAGACUUUGUGCAAAUGAACGAGUAAGUGGUUAAGGCACGAGUCAAAAGGUGUACAGACGAUUUUAUUUUCAAGUCAUUUGGUGCAUGCACGAGACUAAGGAAAUCUAUACCUUUCUUUUUCCCUUUCUACAUACAUAUCUGUACGGUCAUGGUCAGAAAGGUUGCCCAACGUUUUACAAUAAGUUUUUCAGAAUAUUCGUAUGUAUCAUUGCACAGAUAUUCGUACAUAUCAUUCCUUUGCUCUAAUAAUGCAUCACUGCACAUAUCCGUGAGCAAAAGCUCUAUAAAUCUCUCGCAAUGACCACGAUUGUAUGUGCACAUAUGUGUAUACGUCGUUUAUGGCUUAUGAUACAUUGUCACAUCAUAUAUCAUUUUAUAAUCAAUAAUAUAAUUAUGUACUAAUCAAGACACCUACAUGUAUUUCUCAGUUAAUAUGUUGCUGAUAUACUUAUUAAAUUAAAUGCAUAUUA